CGGAAAUCGGAAAUCGUAGCCACCGCGGCGAAACAUUUUUCAUUUUCAAUAAUCAGUCAGACUGCAGAAAAGUGGGGAGCCCGAGAAGCUACCGAAAGAUUGGACAAUUUCAUUACCCGAUUGCAGUAUAAUCUCGUGUCUCCACUGAGAAUGUCGGCUCCGGCAGGAGGAACCCAACAGGCCGCCGCGGUGUCCAAGAAAUCGAAAAAAUCCGCAGAAAACAUUAAUGCCCGAUUAGCUUUGGUGAUGAAAUCCGGAAAGUUCGUGCUGGGAUACAAGCAGACCCUUAAAACACUCCGACAGGGCAAAGCCAAGCUUAUAAUUAUCGCCAACAACACACCCGCGCUUAGGAAGUCGGAGAUCGAAUAUUAUGCCAUGUUAGCAAAAACAGGAGUCCAUCAUUACACCGGAAAUAAUAUCGAAUUGGGCACCGCUUGCGGCAAAUAUUUUCGAGUGGCCACGAUGAGCAUCACCGACCCAGGAGAUUCUGAUAUCAUAAGAACGAUGCCUGGAGUUGUGGAUACUCGCGGCGAAUAAUUUGAAUAAAGUGUGAAACACCUG